UUAAAGUUCGUUGUAUUAUUUCUGCGUGUAGGCUAUCGUCGACCUGCGAAACACAUAGGGUACAAAGGUCAACAAUUUUCCUUUGUGCUCUGCUUCACUCUGCAUAAUCGAGCCUAUUCAUUGUAGGACAGGCCAAUUGCAUUUUGCACAGUGCGGCAAGAAACUGAAAGCGAGUGGGUACGUCCUGGCAGUAGCCUUUUGCGGAAGAGGGUUUGAACGAUGGGACACAUUUUAACGCACGACUGAUCGCUAGGGAACAGUGAGCGUAUGGAAUGAUGCAGACAUAUUUCACGUUGGAUUUAUAAAAGGGGGUGUCCGACACAGAGACACUGUUGUAUUGUCAUUCGGUGGUUAGGGAAACGCCGCUUCUGAAUUUCCACGGUUCCACCGGGACAUCAAUUUACUGUAGUGCUCGCGGGCUCUCCAAAACAUAGGUCUAGGCGGACUGCUUAUUUCGGAAGUCGUCGGACUGGGGGACAGGCGGUCGUCGGACUGGGGGACAGGCGGUCGUCGGACUGGGGCACAGGCGGUCGUCGGACUGGAGGACAGGCGGUCGUCGGACUGGGGGUCAGGCGGUCGUCGGACUGGGGGACAGGCGGUUGUCGGACUGGGGGACAGGCGGUCGCCAGACGGGGGACAGGCAGUCGUCGGACUGGGGGACAGGCAGUCGUCGGACUGGGGGACAGGCAGUCGUCGGACUGGGGGACAGGCAGUCGUCGGACUGGGGGAUAGGCAGUCGUCGGACUGGGGGACAGGCAGUCGCCAGACUGGGGGACAUCGUGGGAAGCUGCGCAUUCUUCACAUGAAUGGUUGUCAGGGACAACGAGCAGUCAGCCCUCCAGUACUAGCUCCAGUGAGGCUCCAGUGUGUCCUCUAGACUGACCCAGCUCCAGUGAGGCUCCAGUGAGGCUCCAGUGUUUCCUCUAGGCUGACCCAUCUCCAGUGAUGCUCCAGUGUGUGUCCUCUAGACUGACCCAGCUCCAGUGAAGCACCAGUUUGUGCUCUAGACUGACCCAACUCCAGUGAGGCUCCAGUGUGUGCUCUAGACGGACCCAGCUCCUUGAGGCUCCAGUUUGUCCUCUAGACUGACCCAGCUCCAGUGAGGCUCCAGUGUGUGCUCUAGACUGACCCAGCUCCAGUGAGGCUCCAGUGUGUGCUCUAGACUGACCCAGCUCCUUGAGGCUCCAGUUUGUCCUCUAGGCUGACCCAGCUCCAGUGAGGCUCCAAUGUGUGUCCUCUAGGCUGACCCAGCUCCAGUGAGUCUCCAGUGUGUGUCCUCUAGGCUAACCCAGCUCCGGUGAGGCUCCAGUGUGUGCCCUCUAGACUGACCCAGCUCCAGUGAGGCUCCAGUGUGUGUCCUCUAGGCUGUCCCAGCUCCAAUGAGACUCCAGUGUGUCCUCUAGACUGACCCAGCUCCAGUGAGGCUCCAGUUUGUCCUCUAGGCUGACCUAGCUCCAGUGAGGCUCCAGUUUGUCCUCUAGGCGGACCCAGCUCCAGUGAGGCUCCAGUGUGUGUCCUCUAGGCUGACCCAGCUCCAGUGAGGCUCCAGUGUGUCCUCUAGACUGACCCAGCUCUAUACCACUUUCAUGCUGGUGGGCCCACUCCGACUCCCUCCUCCCCUCCUCUAUCUGAUCCUCCUCUUCCUCCUGCAUUUAACCCUUCCCUGCAUCCAGUGAUGGCCAUGAGUACUGACCCAGGCUGCCGGAGGAGUGACUCCGAUUCAAUGAUCUCCGACCCCAGUGAACUCACCCCCAGGAUGGCUGCCAUCGCCGUGACAACUGCAGAGACGGACGGCACAUCGGCCAAUGGUGUGAGGAAUGGGGCCCAGCAGGGCAGAGUUAAGAGGGGCCCUCCUUCCCACGCUCACCUCUCAGGGCGAAAGCUGUCGCUACAGGAGCGGGGGACAUACCCGUCCGGACGGUCAGGGGGGACUCAGGUCUCCCCCCGUGUGCCACGCAGACCUACUGUGGAGUCGAAGAGGGUCUCCAUCUCCGAUGCAGAGGACUGCGUGCAGCUGAACCAGUACAAGCUGAAGAGUGAGAUUGGAAAGGGCUCCUAUGGAGUGGUCAAGCUGGCCUACAAUGAGGAGGAUGACAAGCACUAUGCAAUGAAAGUGGUGUCCAAGAAGAAGCUGAUGAAGCAAUAUGGAUUCCCACGUCGCCCCCCUCCCCGAGGACCCAAGGCAGCCGUACAGGGGGAACAGCCCAAAGUCCUUGGCCCCCUGGAGAGGGUCUACCAGGAGAUCGCCAUCCUCAAGAAGCUGGAUCAUCUCAACAUAGUCAAACUGGUGGAGGUACUGGAUGAUCCUUCAGAGGACAACCUCCACAUGGUGUUUGAUUUGAUGCCAAAGGGUCCGGUGAUGGAGGUCCCCACCGACAGCCCCUUCACUGAGGAGCAGACGCGUCGCUACUUCAGAGACAUCGUCCUGGGCAUCGAGUACUUGCACUACCAGAAGAUUGUUCACCGGGACAUCAAGCCCUCUAACCUGUUGCUGGGAGAUGACGGCCAUGUGAAGAUUGCUGACUUUGGGGUCAGUAACCAGUUCGAGGGCAACGAUGCCCUGCUCUCCUCCACGGCCGGGACUCCUGCGUUCAUGGCCCCAGAGACCCUGUCAGACGUCCGUCAGAGCUUCAGUGGCAAGGCCCUGGAUGUUUGGGCUAUGGGAGUGACUCUCUACUGCUUUGCGUUUGGGAAGUGUCCGUUCAUCGAUGAAUAUAUCCUGGUUCUACACAAUAAGAUCAGGACUAAAUGUGUGGAGUUCCCAGAGUCGCCGGAGAUUAGUGAGGAGUUGAAGAAUCUCAUCCUAAAGAUGUUGGACAAGAAUCCUGACACCAGGAUCACCGUACCAGAGAUCAAGUUGGACCCGUGGGUGACCCAGAAUGGUUCUGACCCCCUUCCUCUGGAGGAGGACCACUGCAGCAUGGUGGAGGUCACUGAAGAGGAGGUGAAGAACUCUGUGAAGUUCAUCCCCAGCCUGUCCGCCGUGAUCCUGGUAAAAGCCAUGCUGAGGAAGAGGUCAUUCAGUAACCCGUUUGAGUGCCCCAGGAGCCGAGAGGAGAGGUCCAUGUCUGCGCCAGGCAACCUGCUCAUGGAUGUGUGGCCGUUCCGCCACUCUUUAAAACUCCACCCCUUGCUAAGGAAGGGUAGCAGUGGCGAGGGAAGUAGGGAGGCGGAGCUAGAAGACCUACAUGAAGACGAGCCUUCCUCCUGAGUCACUCUAUUCCUGUCCUCCACACAUCCCCUCUGAGCCUCCCCUUUAAGAACUGUACUCCUUCCUUCCUUAAACACUGUCUGUACUUGCCUCCCUCUCCCUUUAAAUCUACAAUGCACUCUCCCUGUAUAAUCCCCCCCCCCCCCGUCGUCCUUCGCUGGCCUCCGCUCACUAACUGCAAUGGAGACAACAACACUGGACAACAGCCAGUUAACCUGUUUACUGACCGACUCAAGACUACUGGAAUCUCCUGCCUGCCUGUUUGCCUGUCUGUCUGUCUCUCUGUCUGUCUGCAUGAUGGUGUCACUGAGAAGAACAGACUUUUUGUCUGUCAUUUUCCUUUAUGUACACAAAACAUUGUUAAUAUAAUGAGGCUCUCUAAGGCACUGUUCACCACAACAGACAAUACUGGUGUCAGCUUGACCUAGAGGCUAGAGCAUGCCACUGUCAUAAUGGCGCCCUCUGCUGUUUCAAAGAAGACACGCACCCAGUGCUUUUAACCCCGUCCUUUCUCAAUCCCUGGUGUGGAACAGCAGUGUUGUACAUAGACAAUGAAAAGGGUGUCGGUGUGACGUUAACGUUGUUGUGAAAUAUGAUAUCCUUCACAUCUUAAUUAACCCUGUCACACAGCGUGAUGUCAUAGUACACCUCAGCUCCUGACCUAACCCUGCCACACAGCGUGAUGUCAUAGUACACCUCAGUUCCUGACCUAACGCUGUCACACAGCAUGAUGUCAUAGUACACCUCAGCUCCUGACCUAACCCUGCCACACGGGUGAUGUCAUAGUAUACCUCAGCUCCUGACUUAACCCUGUCACACAGCAUGAUGUCAUAGUACACCUCAGCUCCUGACCUAACCCUGCCACACGGGUGAUGUCAUAGUAUACUUCAGCUCCUGACCUAACCCUGUCAGACAGCAUGAUGUCAUAGAACACCUCACUUCGUGGCUUAACCUGUCUCACAACAUGAUGUCAUAGUACACCUCACCUCGUGGCUUAACCUGUCUCACAACAUGAUGUCAUAGUACACCUCACCUCCUGGCUUAACCUGCCACACAACAUGAUGUCAUAGUACACCUCACCUCCUAACCUAAUCCUGUCACACAGAUUGCUGUCACAACAAACAACUGCCCUUCUCAGAUGUCUUGUUAAACAUUUAAACACAUUGUUCACCUCCCCCAGGAGCUACACAGUGUGCUGAGGUAUUGAUUGGUUCCACAGACCAGCUUUUGUGACCCUGAUCAUUAAUAAAAGGAAAAGAUGUCUCCCAGUAAACUACUAUGCGCGUGACACAGGCAGACACUGAGUAGUGUGUCUUGUUUUGAUAUUAUGUCGAUUAGUUCAGUCCAGGAUGUGUCACCAUCUCAUCCUCUUUGACGAUUGUGUCACCUCUAAAGCGGCUUUUAGAUUCUUCUUCUCUCAGGUCGUUUUUUCCCGUGAACACAUCCUCAUACCUGAUUAACGGAACGUUCAUGGUGUGUUGCAUUGCUUGGUCAUUACUGUCCCUCCCCACCCCCCUCUGACCCCCCUUUCUGUCCCCACCCCCUCGCUCUGGUCCCUCCCCACCCCCCUUUCUCCGUCCCCCUCUUUUGGUCCCCCUCUGUCUCUCUCUGGCUGUGCAGACACACUCCUGUAUUUAAGUCGGAGGCACAGCAAUCAAUUUCACAGCUCCGCCAGGAACACGAUGUGGUGAUUGGGGAAGGCCACAAACCACGUCAACAUGAACAUAAUCCCCAUUUCAGAUUAGAACGUCCCCGUGCCGUCAUUUCCAUCUGCCGCUCACCAUCUCCUGAAUGUGAUUACAUUUUAGUGAAAGGUCAAUGGCAAUUCUGAAUUAGGUCUCUGUGAUUUGUAGUCUCUCAACUCGAAAAAAGACUGCCCUGUUUGCACGCUGACAAAAAUGAGGAGCACAGUUUAUGCAACUUUCAACUUUAUUUUUGUCAUCCGAGCUGAUUCGCUGGUGCCAGUAUCUGGUGCUAGUAUCAGUAGACAUGUUUUGGGACAGCUGCCGUCUCUCUAGACAGGAUUUCGACCGACCCCGCCGUGUUUACAGUGCUUCUUCUGAAUGCAGUGUUUCCAGGGACAGAGCCCUCUCAGAAAACCCAGCCUAUGGCGGUUCAGUUGGAAAUAACAACGGCACAUUGACUGCCACUGGAUAAACUAGGGGCUUUCAUCCUGAUAGGCCCCUGGUCAAAGCAGUGCACUAAAUAAACAGGGUGCCAUUGAUCCCCCUGGUGGACGUGACUGACAGGUCUCCAUUCACUGCUGCCCUACACGGAGGAAAACAACCCAUUUAAAGGGUUUUGCUGCACAUAGGAUUGAUUUGUGAAUUUAUUUGGAACACAGGCUUUUGCUUGGAAGUAUAUUAUUUUGUCAGUGUUUUCUAUUAUUUAUUUAAUAUUUUUCUAAUUGUUUCGGACAAGGUAUGGGUAACAUCAGGACCAAGGACCUGUUAGAACCCGAUGGGGUUUUCUCAUUGUAUCAACAACCCUGCCUCUCUGCCACCUUCUCUCCAGACACUAGUUAUUCAGAGCAGACAUUUUUUAUUUAGCUUCUUUCUUUGAAUGAUUUCUAUUACAUGCGAUUCAAGUGGAGGGUUGCAAUCAACCUUUUGAAGAAUGUCCUUUGUUCUCAUUUUGACACCUAUGUUUUCCUCCUUGCUGCCUGUGAGGUAACUGCUGAAUCCCUGUUUUGCUGGAAGUGCUUGUUGUUUGAUGCCAGUUUUAAGGCUUUGGCACCUGUCAGUCGGUGGUUUGACUUCAACAAACUGGAAGUCCUGCCACAGAGUAGGUCCCUGUCUGUGAACGAGCUGUCUGCCAGCCGUCUCUAUAUCUGUGGGAAUGCUGAUGCACAUGCUGAAGCAAAAUGCUCUUUCAUUCCUACAUCUAUCUGGAGCACUGUAUCGCCUCAGUCUUUCUCUGUGUCUAAGGUGUAUUCUCUCUCUCUCUCUCUCUGUGUGUGUGUGUGUGGGUGCGUGCGUGCUUGCACGCGUGCUUGUCCAAAUUGCAACAUUGUUGUCAUUCCAUCUUCAUUAAUAGAAUUCUGAUUGUAUGAGCACUCAAGCAUGCUGUCUUCGUUAAGUCUGCCGAAUAGAUCUGGGUGAAAUUCAAACUGUUCUUCUAAAUAUAAUCAUACUUGCACUUUUCCUACUUAACUAAACUGUUCACACUACUGCGUGUCCUUCAAACUGAACCUUGUUAAUCCCUCAUGUCCUGAGCGCGCUCUCCGACCUGCAUGUGCAAGAUGGGCCAUCUUCAUCCCCUGAGUCAAUUCAAGUGGAGAUGAAUGGAACCUUAGCAUGUUUUAAUACUGCUCUGUGCUUGCUUCCACUCCCUUUAACCACGUGAUACAGAGAGAAUCUCCUCCCACAGAGGAACUGAGGUUUUGUGUGUGUAUAUAUUGUUAAAGUGAUGACAGUGUUGGUGUUAUUGCAUCGCUGCUAUGUAGCAUAAUGUGAUUGUCCCAGUCUCCAUGUCAAAGACGCCUGCUGUUUGCAAUGUAUAUUGAUACCUGUAUUGUUCUGCAUUUUUGUCUAUAAACCUGUUUAUACCUGGCAAACACAUGUCCUUAAUCCCGUUGUUGAUCUGGAAUAGACAUUGGGAUCUGAUAGUGAUCAGACUUCGUAAGUUUAAAUGGACAAGAUCGGGACAAUUUAAGGACGAGGAAAAUGUUAUAACCAGGUAUAAAUGGAGCAUGAAUGUACUGUCAAGGUUUGUCAACUCUUACAAACAAAAUUAAAGCAUGGCACAUCUGUAAGGAACACAACUGUUACAAUGUAAAUAUGUACCAAUAUAUAAAGAAGCUAUUUUUUGCAUGCUUUUUGUACUCCUAGACAUAAUCCCACAAUAAAAAAUGUGAAUCCAU